CAAGUCAUGAUUUGAGCAUCUUCUUGUUCCCAAUCAUCAAACCCUGGGGAGUCAGCCGAUGGUUUCUCAUCUUUUAUGUGCUUCACUUUCCUCUUUGCCUUGAGGAAAACUUCCACAGAUUUAGCCCAUGGAACAUAGUUCUCCCCAUUCAGUUUAAUAGAUCAUUACACCCAUCUCCUAUUGCUGCCAUGGUACCUUUCACAGUUGCCUCUAACCUGAAUUCUCAGCAACAAGCUGACUGCUAUUAUCCAGAAAUUGAUGUUCCAGCACUUAUAGCAACCCCUAAACACAACAGUGGAUACACACGCCUUGUUCUUACUCACACUACUGCUGAUUUCACAACACCACGAACCACAUAAGAAUCAAUUUAACACUUCAGUAAUCACAUGUAAGCCCUCUUACAACCACUCAAUAAGGAUUGUGCCACACAACCACCACAACAUAGUCAAACCUGUUAUACCCAGUUCAGACUAGUUUAACACUUUUAAGAGGGCACAACACAGCCACAAAAGUUCGGCUAGGUCACAGCAUUACACCUUACACCACUCGGCCACUUACAGCAGCCCUAACCCCACUAAACAACUUACAAUAACCCCUACACCAUUCGGCUACUGUACACACAGCCUGUUCUAGGGCAACAGUGAACCUAGUUCUCUAGGUUCUGACCAGUACUAACAGCCUCUUGAAGGGUUUCUACCCAGAAAUACCAACAACACAAGAAGAAGAGAUAACCGACCUUCCUUUGAGAGUCUCAACCAACCAUUCACUGCUGAAGUCACUUUUCUUGAUGAAGAGGAAUAUGCGCAGCAGAGAGAGACGAGCUGUGAGAUUUCAGACCUAGGGCGAACUAGUUUUCUCCAUUGACUGACCAGAAACGCAGGGAAGGAGAGCCACGAACACUGCUGAGGUGCUUUACCAACUGAAGUAGGUCAGGAACAUGGCUCUGAUACCAUGUUUCAAAUGCUGCUACAUUAACCCGAAUCAGGAAGUGAAGGAAGAAGAAGAGGAAGAAGAAGAAGGAAAUAAGGGUCUGUCGAAAUCUGAUGAAUUCCCAUCCAGUCGACUCCCUUAAUCUUUAUUAGAGUCUAAUAAUCUUUUACAAAGACUAAAUUGCCCAUACUUAAGUGUGGGGCAGAGUACUCUAAUAAAACUGCCAUAUAAGCAAACUACUUAACACACAUAAGAUGACUAAACUACCCCUAUUUGGCUCACUUUAACAGUGUCUUUCGCAUUUUAUUCUUGCGCGGAAAGACACGGAAAGACGCACAGAAAGUCGUGCUUCUGCCAAACUAGCUUUAGGCUGCUCAGAUCUUCAUGCAAAAGCUCAAUGCGUUUUUUGACUGUCAGAGCUACCAGAAGAUCUUCCCAAAAAGACGCGCCAAACGGGCCCUAGAUCUUGCAUUUUCAGCACGCUUCCACAUAGGUGGGAUAUAGCAGAUGAUGAUUCUGACCACCUAUAUACUGAUUGACCCACGAUUGACUGAUUAUGACACAUUGCUUGAGAAUAUCCAUGGUUUAAAAGAAGGGAAGCCUGUUCAGGUGCCAAUAUAUGAUUUCAAGUCUAGCUGCCGCACAGGAUACAGGACAGUUGAAGUUCCAACCUCCCGUCUUGUGAUUAUUGAGGGCAUCUAUGCUCUGAGUGAAAAGUUGCGACCUCUUCUGGACCUUCGAGUAUCUGUUACUGGUGGAGUUCACUUUGACCUUGUAAAACGGGUUUUACGUGACAUACAACGUGCUGGGCAAGAACCGGAAGAAAUAAUCCAUCAGAUCUCUGAAACGGUAUAUCCAAUGUACAAGGCUUUUAUUGAGCCAGAUCUCCAAACAGCUCAUAUAAAAAUUACCAAUAAGUUCAAUCCAUUCACAGGAUUCCAGAACCCCAUGUACAUUUUAAAGUCGCUGAGAACAGUGACAGUUGAUCAAAUCAAGUCUGUUAUCUCUGAAGAACACAAAGAAACUAUGGAGGAGACGUAUGAUAUAUACCUUCUACCACCAGGUGAAGAUCCAGAAGCAUGCCAAUCAUAUCUCAGGAUGAGGAACAGGGAUGGCAAGUAUAAUCUUAUGUUUGAGGAAUGGGUUACAGAUAGGCCAUUCAUUAUAUCACCAAGAAUAACUUUUGAAGUCAGUGUGCGUCUUCUUGGUGGUUUGAUGGCCUUGGGGUACACAAUAGCAGCCAUCCUGAAGCGAAGCAGCCAUAUCUUCUCUGAGGACAGGGUCUGUGUGAAAAUUGAUUGGUUAGAACAGCUCAAUCGUCACUAUGUUCAGGUGCAAGGAAGGGACCGCUUAUUUGUAAGAUAUGUAGCCGAGCAUCUAGGUUUGGAAGGUUCAUAUGUUCCUCGCACAUACAUAGAACAGAUACAGUUGGAAAAACUUGUUAACGAAGUUAUGGCAUUACCAGAUGAUUUGAAGACAAAGCUUAGUAUAGAUGAUGAUCUGGCCUCGAGCCCCAAAGAGGCACUUUCUCGGGCCUCUGCAGAUAAGGUUUCCAUGAGGAUUAAGCAUCUGAAAAGUGGUUUGUCACACUCUUAUACAACACAUAGGGACAAGAAUCUGUCCAAGCUGACAAGACUUGCCGUCAACAGUAGGAUUGAUGGGAGAGUCCCAGAAUCACCUGCAACUCUAGCAAACCAAGGAGUCAUUACUCAACUCUCUGAACAAAUUUCAACACUGAACGAGAGAAUGGAUGAAUUCACUUCUCGGAUUGAAGAGCUAAAUUCUAAACUUACCAUCAGGAAAGUUUCUCCUAGCCAGCAAAACCUGGCACUGCAAGCUGAAGCCUGCAAUGGCUCUGGACCCACUUCACUCUUUGUGUCUAAUUUAAGCAACGGUUCCUUGACUGGGUCCAUUCUACCCAAUUCCUCAUCUUCUUCCCAAUUGGCUAAGGAGUCCCCAUUAAUGGAAGAGAUUCUGGUUAUUGCUCGAGGACAACGUCAAAUCAUGCAUCAGUUAGACAACCUCAGCAAUCUCCUUCAUGAGAACCUGGGUGAAUACUCUCACCAAGGAAGGGCAACCCAGAAAAGCAUAAUGGAAGAUGUUGAAUUUUUCGGAGUCCCUCUUGUUUUAACCAUAGCCAUUGGGGGCCUUGGGUUCUUGUUGUUCAAGGGUCUCUCAUCACGAAAUUGAAUCCUCUGCCAAAUAACAUUUCCUUGAAAUAGUUAUCACUUUACAUGUAUGGUGAGCCUACCCUUCUGCUCGGGAAAGAGAGUAGAACGAUAGUCUGAUCUAUCAGUAGAGAUUUGGGGCGUAAUCACAGAUUUUGGUAGUUCUCUUGAUCAUUUAAAAGAAGGGUUUUGUCUCCUAAAACUGUAAAUUGAUUGGUUUAAAGGGUACCUAGAAGUUCCCAACUCCCACAUGGGGUUGUUCACCAAUAUGCAUGAUUUUUUCCAGUAUUUGUUGAGAGAAUGUUGGCAUAUUGAGUUAAGAGAUUUCUUAAGUAACUAAGGUGAUGAUGCAGCAAGUCUAAUUCCCAUAAUGCGUUUGGUUGCA